UCUCUAAAUCAUAAUACUCUACUCCUCUCCACCUUGUCACUCUAGAGUCGGCGGACUUCCUCUGUCCCUUCUGCCUUUACUCCCUUCACCGAAUUCCCCAAACCCCAGCUCGCCGCCGCCCGCAUUGCGACGCCGGCCCGGGAAUACGAGGACCCGUCGCGUCGUCUCAGAUCCAGCUCGGAGCCUUCCCCGCCGGGGCCGCCGACCAGAGCUUUUCCCCGCAAGAAAUGGCGCCAUUCGAGCGGGUUCUUGGGAAGACGCUUCUUCGCUAGGACCGCAGCAGGGGGCUGUGAUGGAGAGCGCCUCCAAUGAGGAGACGCUGCCCCCGGCGCUGCCUCUGGCGACGCUGAUCGGCCGCGAGCUCCGCGGCGGCGGCUCCGAGCGCCCGCUCGUGCGGUACGGCCACUCCGGCUUCGCCAAGCGCGGCGAGGACUACUUCCUGGUCAAGCCCGACUGCCUCCGCGUCCCCGGCGACCCUUCCUCGGCCUUUUCCGUCUUCGCCGUGUUCGACGGCCACAAUGGCGUGUCGGCGGCGGUGUUCAGCAAGGAGCACUUGCUCGACGACGUGAUGAGCGCCGUGCCGCAGGGUAUCAGCCGCGAGGACUGGCUGCAGGUGCUGCCGCGCGCGCUUGUGGCAGGCUUCGUCAAGACAGAUAUUGACUUCCAGCGCAAGGGUGAGACUCAGAGAGAGGUCCUUGCAAUGCCAUUAUAUUCCCCGGCGAAUCUCAUCACUAAGAUGUUGUUAACUCUGGGAAUUGGUGCAGGGGAAAUGUCAGGGACGACGGCGACGUUGGUCGUCAUCGAUGGGUUCACCGUGACUGUGGCGUCAGUCGGAGACUCCAGGUGCAUCCUUGACACUCAAGGUGGUGUGGUCUCUCUGCUAACCGUUGACCACAGGCUAGAGGAGAAUGUAGAGGAGCGGGAGCGUGUCACGGCGAGUGGAGGGGAGGUCAGCCGGCUGAACCUUUGCGGUGGGCAGCAGGUUGGCCCUCUCCGAUGCUGGCCAGGUGGACUGUGCCUUUCAAGAUCAAUUGGGGAUACCGAUGUUGGGGAGUUCAUCGUGCCAAUUCCACAUGUCAAGCAAGUGAAGCUCUCUAGUGCUGGAGGAAGGCUAAUAAUUGCAUCAGAUGGAAUAUGGGAUGCAGUGUCCUCAGAGAUUGCAGCGCAGGCGUGCAGAGGCUUGCCUGCAGAAUUGGCCGCAAAGCUUGUUGUUAAGCAAGCUCUAAAGACAACUGGAUUGAAAGAUGAUACAACUUGUGUAGUUGUUGAUAUCAUCCCAUCUGAUCAUUGUUCAACACCGCCACCAUCGUCUCCAAAGCAAAAUCAGAACAAGUUGAGGUUUCUUCUUUUUGGUAGGAGGUCCCAUAGCUCUGUUGGAAAGCUUGGUGACAAAAAGAAGUCUGCUUCAUUUGGAUUUGUGGAGGAAUUAUUUGAAGAAGGCUCUGCAUUGUUGGAAGAAAGGUUGGGUAGGAAUUCCCUGUCAAAAGCAAAUUUGCCCCCAUUUCGCUGUGCGAUCUGUCAAGUGGACCAAGUGCCAUUCGAAGAUUUAAUAACAGAUAAUGGGGGAGGUUACUGCUCUGCCCCGUCAACACCAUCGAGCUGUCCUUAUCUUUGUUCCGGUUGUAGAAAAAAGAAGGAUGCAAUGGAAGGUAAAAGAUCUAAUCGCUCGACUGCAUGCACUUGAAAGUACCAGUAGCACUGACUGGUGCUCGUCCAUGAGAACUAGUAUUCUGGUUCAGUUUUUCUGCUCUAUGUGAAGAGAGGAGAGAAUAAACUGUUUGUCACUGGAUCGAAGAAUUAUUUGGGUGAAACUAACUGUGUUCUGGCCUGAACUGAACAAAUUGGGCCACUAACAAGCUUGUUGUCUAUCAGGAGCGCUGAUGAAAUUUCCAUUUGCUCUGAGAAGAUGGCUCCCAGAAAUUCAGCACUAGGUUUUUCUGUGUACCUUAGCCUGUGAAGUGAAAUGACUAGCUUAAAACUGUUUCAGGAAGCGACGGCAAAGCUCCUCGUUGCUGCUCUGAAAUGUACCUUGUAUGGAACCGAACUGACUAAUGUUUGAUGCUAUCCUUAUCGAAGCUACUACUGCAUUCUGGGUUGGUUUU